AUGUCAGCGGCGAAGGACAGGAUCAACACAAUUGCCAGGCAUUUGGCCGCAAACGGCGCCGACCAGAGCUCACCCGCCUCUAGUAUACCGAAGAAACGUGAGUCGCUGCUGAAGUGGAACGGAUGGGGAUAUAAGGACUCGAAGUUUGAAUUUGACCACAAGAAUCAUAUGUUCAGUUUUACGGGCGAAAGGUAUCGCAUCGGGAGUCAAAAUUUACCACUUUUUAGUCAAUGGGUUGAGACAGCCCUCGGCGUUGAUCUCAAGAAGCGCUUCUACUCACAGUCAGAGUCGGAAGCGUUGGAUUUGCCGAAACCCAUAGUCAAUGAGCAGCUGAUGAACGAUCUGCUGAAGACGUCGAUCGCCCACUCGUUUGACGCCAGCGAUCGACUG